AAACGUAUCGUUGAAGCUUUUUAUAUUUAAUCAGAUUUAUAAAAACAUCAAUAGUGUUACAUUUGUAACUAAAUUAAAUAUAAUAUGUAGUUAGGGAUUUUUUAUUGAUACUAACUAGUAUAAAUAUCGAUAUUUUUAUAUACAGUGUGUAAAACGGGACCCUUUCCUACUAUCAUAUUCUUUUUUUCCCUCUCUCUUAGGCUAUUUCUUUUGUAAUCAGGUAUGAGGCUUUGGAAUUGUUGUUGCAAGCACACGCUUUUUUUUUCUUCUCUCUCCAGAUGAAACUUGGAAGCACAUGAUUCAUUCAAGCAUGCCCGGCUGCAUCAUGCAUGCAGGCGAAAAGGGCCACUACUAGUGAUACCCAUUUUUUUGCUGAUAACCAAAACACCGAGAGAGAGAGAGAAACUACACAACCAAUCCAUCCAAUCCAUCGGACGCGGUGGUAGAGGGGAGCUCGGCCCCAUAAUUCAUGGCGCUGAGCUCGGCCACGUCAGCGCCAUAUGAGCUUCUCUCGCUAGUGGAACACACACCUCGGCGCUAAUAUAUGUAGCGUUAAGCCGUGUUACCUCGGCGCCACAGCUUACAGCGCCGACUAAAGGAUUAAAAAUGAGAUUAAGUCAUUUAAGAGUCUAAACGUGAAUAUUUUUCAAAAAAAGAUUAAAAUACAAAAAAAUCGGACGGUUGGACUAGCAAUGUCUGAUAAGCUGUCUAUUUAUGUGGUACUGGCAUACUGCUCACGACAUAUGGAAUCUGGUCCCUCGCAUAAAUGUCUUCUAUAUCAGCACACAUGGCAUGUACCUGGACAACCCGCGGUGGGAAAUAAAGCUUGCUUUAAGAGCAAUGUCUAUACGAUGAUAUAUAAUUAUACUUAUUAACUAUAAAAAAUAAAUUUAAUGUUAAAGUCAACAUAUGGUUCAUAUAUUAGAUAUUAAAUUAAUAAGAAUAAAUAUUAUAUUUUAUUUUAUUCAAAAGACCGAGAAAUAUAUGAGUUGAAAAGAAGCACAUCAUCCCAUUUUUCAGAGUUCGCUCGAUCGUUCGAGCUCCUUCAUCUAGCGAAGUGGUACUGUCUGCGUUGCGUGUUGCUUUUGUCAUGUUGAGCUUUGAUGCUUUCUCACAAGGCAUAUCUGGUGUAACGUCCCAUACUCCUAUCUAUGGUGUAAUAGUCCAUUAGGCCAUUGUUAGACGAUAAACAGAGAAAGGAAUAUAUCUACACGCUUCACAUGUGGUGCAUGACGACGAAACUGAUGCUUUAAAGGAGUAGAGAUUCUAAAAAACUAGUUAGAUAAUUUUAUUAAGCUAAUUUUAGCUAUUAUAUAUAAAAAAAAUAUCCCCAAUAAACUCUACAAAUUACUCUUCAAAUUUAGAAGUUUUUCAUCCCUUCGCUCUAUAUUUUUGGAUAGUCUGCUCCAUUCGUCCUGUUGGUUUAUAGAGUCUGUUAGACUAGCUAUUCAUCAGUAAAUUUGGUUAAUUUUUUUUUGGAGUUGUUCUAAGGUUGUCUACAACAGCUUACCCAUCUUAUCUCCUAUCCUAUCUUGUACUUUAAACUUCACACUAUGAACAGAACAGUAUAAUCUGCAGUGCAAAAUAGUGUUUUGCACGACCAUAUACACUAUUAACUAAAGACAACCUAAGGACCAAGCCACCAAAUAAAAACACAUUAAAAUUUAUAAUUUUUUUUCAAAGAGGUAGUCUCUUUUUCUCCCUUAAACUUAGGGUUUGUAAUCUUGUAUGCACAUUUUUCAUACAAUAAUUACAAUAAUGUAAGAACAUCUUCAAACGAGAGUUCUACAAUUGGGUCCUAAAAAUCAAAAUAAGACUUGAUUUAAGUGAUAUGGGACCCAACAAAAUUUCUUUACUCCAACAACGAGUCCUAUAAUCACGUUAAUUGAGGAGAGAUUUGUUCAGACGAUUGGAGAGGGAGACGCACCAGCGAUGAAAUAUCACGUGAAGGCAGACAGUAAAUUUUAUAAAAUAAGACCCUAUAUUAGUUUAACCAAAUUUUAUAAAAUAGAACCUCUCUUAAAAACUAGUUUUUGAUCUUGAGCAUUAUAUUAAAAAUAGAACUUAAUUUAGCAUCUUUGUUGGAGAUGCUCCAACAUAACCAAGAGGACACAAAGUGUUACGCGCUCAACAUCUCAAACCUCUAUUAAAAAAAUUAGCAUAUUAUUUGAACUUAGUAGACAUACUCAGCGGUACGAGAGAUCACACUCCACUUCUCUAACAAUCUUCCCUCGAGUACCUCUAGUAUCCUGACAGAUUAUUAUUAGAGGUAAUAAUUUGCUCUAGAUUUUACAUUAUAAAUUUUAAGGAUCAAAUCGGAUUAGGAUCGAGCUCUAUUCCUAUUUAAUAUUGAACUAAAAUUAUUUAAAAGCUCUAACUUUUGUGUAGAGACAUUUGUAUCUGAUCUAUUACCACCCUAAGGCCCCGUUUCAAUCUCACGGGAUAAACUUUAGCUUCCUGCUAAACUUUAGCUAUAUAAAUUGAAGUGCUAAAGUUUAGUUUCAAUUACCACCAUUAGCUCUCCUGUUUAGAUUACAAAUGGCUAAAAGUAGCUAAAAAAAAGCUGCUAAAGUUUAUCUCGCGAGAUUGAAACAGGGCCUAAUUGUUAUCCAGCAUCCUAGCCUAUUAAUAGCAUGCAAUAUCUGACACAUAUGUUGCACAUGAGAACUUGAGAAGUAAUAAGGCAUAUUUAAAAUAUACAUAGAUGCCAAAAAAAAUACAGAUAUGAACAUAUACAUGUAUUUGCCCCCUUAAAUGGUAAUUAAUAACUUUGCUGUAACUAAAUAUAGAAUAAAUAUAGAAUAUGGAGUAUCUAUUAGGUCUAUUAUUUUAAAAGGUAAAUAAAGAUAAAAACAUAAAAUUUAAUAUAGACACUCUUUAUUAAAGAUGUCGACAACUUGCGGUGGGAAAUAAAGCUGUCGACUUUGGCAUGGCAUGAGACCGUCGACAACUUGCGGUGGGAAAUUAAUAAAGCUGUCGACUUUGGCACCUCAUCAGGACCGUCGACAACUUUCGGUGGGAAAUUAAUAAAGCUGUCGACUUUGGCAUCGCAUCAGGACCAAUCAAUUACCAGAACGCCAUAUAAGCAUACGUCGGUCCUCGGCGCUGGGCAACAUCCAGCCAGCAGCACACGCACACUGUUCUUUCGACUUCCAUCUCGGCCGGAGCAGAAGAUGGAGGUGGCUCUGGGAACGGCCAAGUCUCUCCUUGGCCAUGUUCUCAAUAAUCUCCCCGACGACUGGAUGAAAUCCUACGUGUCCAGCGCCGAGCUCGGCACCAACCUUAACAUGAUCAAAGAGAAGAUGCGGUACGCUAGAGCGCUGCUGGACGUGGCCAAGGGGAGGGACGACGUCGUCGCCGGGAACCCCAACCUGCUGGAGCAGCUCGAGACUCUCGGCAAGAAGGCCGACGAGGCUGAGGAUGCUGUGGACGAGCUUCACUACUUCAUGAUCCAGGACAAACACGACGGGACUCGAGACGCCGCACCGGAGUUGGGCGGUGGCCUCGCAGCCCAAGCUCACCAUGCCCGCCAUGCUGCUCGCCACACUGCUGGUAACUGGCUCUCAUGCUUCUCUGGCUGCUGUCCCCGACCCCGAGACGAUGCUGCUGCUACCGAUGCCAUGUCUGGUGACGGUGGCCAUGUUGGAAAGUUGUCAUUUAAUCGAGUGGCUAUGUCCAACAAAAUCAAGCUCCUCAUAGAGGAGCUGCAAUCCAACUCUACUCCUGUCUCUGACUUGCUCAAGAUAGUGUCAGACACUAGUAACCCUCAAGACAGUAGCUCCUCCACUAAAAGGUCCCCGACAAGCUCUCAAAUCACACAAGACAAGUUGUUUGGGAGGGACGCCAUCUUUCAGAAAACUAUAGAGGAUAUUAUCAUAGCCAAAGAUAGUGGCAAAACCUUGUCCGUUCUUCCUAUAUUUGGCCUAGGGGGCAUUGGGAAGACUACCUUCACCCAGCACCUAUACAAUCACACAGAGUUUGAAAAACAUUUCACUGUUAGGGUCUGGAUAUGUGUAUCGACUAAUUUUGAUGUGCUUAGGCUCACCAAAGAGAUCCUGAGCUGCCUACCCGCAACUGAAAAUGCAGGAGAUAAAAUAGCAAAUGACACAACCAACUUUGACCUGCUUCAGAAAUCCAUCGCAGAGAGGUUGAAAUCCAAAAGGUUUCUGAUUGUCUUGGAUGACAUAUGGGAAUGCAGCAAUAAUGAGGAGUGGGAGAAACUAGUAGCUCCAUUCAAAAAGAAUGAUACCACUGGCAACAUGAUUCUUGUCACAACCCGAUUCCAGAAAAUUGCAGAUUUGGUGAAAAAAGAAACUAACCCAGUUGACCUUCACGGUUUGGAUCCUGAUGAGUUCUGGAAAUUCUUCCAGAUAUGUGCAUUUGGUAGUAUUCAAGAUGUUGAGCAUGGUGAUCAAGAGUUAAUUGGUAUUGCAAGACAAAUAGCAGAUAAGCUAAAAUGCUCCCCACUUGCAGCCAAAACAGUUGGUCGGCUAUUGAUUAAGAAACCCCUUCAGGAACAUUGGAUGAAAAUUCUUGAGAACAAACAGUGGCUAGAGGAAAAACAUGGCAAUGAUAUUAUCCCAGCCUUGCAAAUUAGCUAUGACUACCUUCCCUUCCAUCUGAAAAAAUGUUUUUCAUCUUUCGCCCUUUUCCCUGAGGAUUCUAAAUUUUAUAAGUCUGAGAUUAUUCGUUUAUGGGAUUCAAUAGGAAUCAUAGGUUCUAGUAUACAGCAAAAGAAAAUAGAGGACAUAGGAUCAGAUUAUUUUGAUGAACUAUUAGAUAGUGGUUUUCUUAUAAAAGGGGGCAAUGAUUUUUAUGUGAUGCAUGAUUUAAUCCUUGAUCUUUCACGGACUGUUUCAAAACAAGAUUGUGCCUAUAUCGAUUGUUCUAGUUUUGAGGCAAAUAACAUCCCACGGUCUAUCCGUUACCUAUCCAUUUCCAUGCAAGAUCAUUGUGCUCAGAAUUUCGAGGAAGAAAUGGGUAAACUGAAAGAAAAGAUAGACAUUAAAAAUUUGCGGAGUUUGAUGAUAUUUGGAAAAUACAUUAGGUUACAUCUGCUCAAUAUUUUAAGGGACACAUUUAAGGAAAUAAGACGUCUUCGUGUUCUAUCUAUAUUCAUAUACUCCCAUAGUUCCUUGCCAAACAACUUUUCAGAGCUUCUUCAUCUCCGCUACUUAAAACUUUUGUCACCUUAUUACUCAGAAAUGUCAUUGCCAAACACGGUCUCAAGGUUUUAUCACCUGAAAUUUCUAGAUCUUGAACAAUGGGGAAGUGAUCGUUCUUUGCCUAAGGACAUUAGCCGCCUUGAAAAUCUAUGCCAUUUUGUUGUUUCGGAAAAGAUUGAUUCCAAUGUUCCUGAGGUGGGGAAAAUGAUCUUCUUACAAGAAUUGAAAGAAUUCCAUGUUAAUAAAGAGAGUGUUGGAUUUGAGCUACAAGAAUUGGGUAAACUAGAUGAGCUUGGAGGGAAGCUCAAUAUAUACGGGCUUGAAAAUGUGAGAACCAAGAAAGAAGCUAAAGAGGCCAAGCUGAUGUCAAAGAGGAAUUUAGUUGAGUUGGGAUUAAUUUGGAACAUGAAACAAGAGUCCACCGAAGAUGAUAUCCUAGAUAGUAUCCAACCACACUCUAAUGUUAGGAGUCUUUUUAUUGUAAAUCAUGGUGGUACCCUCGGUCCUAGUUGGUUGUGCAGCAGCGACACCAUAUACAUGAAAAACUUGGAGACUCUACAUCUAGAGAGCGUAUCGUGGGCUAACCUUCCACCUAUUGGGCAGUUCUAUCACUUAAGAGAGCUAAGGCUGAGUAAAAUUGUUGGCAUAUCACAGAUUGGACCUGGCUUCUUCGAUAGCACGACAGAAAAAAGUGUCUCACACUUGAAGGCAGUUGAGUUUAAUGAUAUGCCAGAGCUUGUCGAGUGGGUUGGGGGAGCUAACUGGAAUCUGUUCUCAGGAAUUGAAAGAAUCAAGUGUACUAAUUGUCCUAGGCUGACAGGGUUGCUGGUUUCAGAUUGGUCUAUUUCUUCUAUAUAAGACAGCACUGUAUGGUUCCCUAAUCUUCAUGACCUUUACAUUUAUGAAUGCCCGAAGUUGUGCCUUCCACCCUUGCCUCACACUUCAAAGGUAUCCCGUAUUCAUAUGGGAGACUUUUCUUAUGAAGGUCGUACCAUGUUGAAAAUUAAUAACCCCUCUAGAUUUGCCUUCGAAAAUCUGGGUGACCUAGAGACAUUGGUAGCUUGGGAUGCACUACCCUUGUCCUUUAUGGAUCUUAAAAAGCUACAUUCCUUGAGACGUAUAAAUGUCACUAGAUGUGAGGAAACAUUUUUGAGAGGACUGGAUGAUGGUGUUGUGCUACCCACAGUCCAAUCUCUCUACCUUGGACGAUUUACACCUACCAAAAAUUAUUUGUCAAAAUUAUUCAAAUGUUUUCCAGCACUUUCUUCUUUGCAUGUGAUGGCAUCACCAUCAGAUGAGGACAACGAGGAAGUGGUACUGCAUUUUCCACCCUCUAGCUCGCUGAGAGAUGUCAACUUCACAGGGUGUAAGAAUCUGAUCCUACCCAUGGAGGAAGGAGCUGGAUUCUGUGGCCUCUCGUCGCUCGAGUCAGUGACCAUACACAAAUGUGACAGGUUAUUCUCUCGAUGGUCCAUCGGAGGACGAGCAACUCAGACUCAGAGCAUCAUCAACCCUCUCCCACCCUACCUGAGGAAACUCUUCCUUUCUUAUAUGGAAACUCUGCCUCAGGAAGCUCUGCUCAUGAAUUUGACAUCUCUUGAGAAACUCACACUAUGUAAUUGUCUUGGCUGUGAGCAAAGCACCGAGCGAAUGGCUGUACUCGCGAAUCUAACAUCUCUUACCACGCUAUAUUUAUAUAAUUGCAGAAAUAUCACAAUGGAUGGAUUCAAUCCUCACAUCACAUCCAGCCUCAAGUAUCUAUGCGUGUACAAUGAGAGAAAUGAUGGAACUGAUCCGUAUUCUGUAGCAGCAGAUCUACUUGUAGCGGUGGUGAGGACCAAAACAAUGCCCGACGUUUCCUUCAAACUGGUGGGACUUUAUGUGGACAACAUCUCGGGAGUGCUUGUUGCUCCCAUCUGCAAGCUGCUCUCCGCUACCCUCGAGACGUUAAACUUCAGUAAUGAUUGGCGGACAGAGAACUUCACGAAAGAGCAGGACGAGGCGCUUCAGCUCCUCACGUCUCUCCAAUUCCUUGAGUUUUAUAACUGCAGGGCUCUGCAGUCCCUCCCCCAAGGACUGCACCGCCUUCCUUCUCUCCACGGAAUAACUAUCUAUGGGCCUCAAAACAUUAGAUCACUGCCUAAGGAGGGCCUCCCCGAUUCACUACGAAUACUACGUAUAACUAACUGUUGUGCUGAGAUUUAUGAGGCAUGCCAGCAAUUGAAGGGAACAAGGCCAGAUAUAAAUGUACUUGCCUCCAAAGCUCGUGUGCAAAAUUGAAUACCUGCUUCUGCAUGUCUUCACAGUCAGCUCUGCUUCAACAUGCCUUUCACUCUACAGGUAAAUACUGUGAAAACAUCUUCCUAUACGUGAGAUAGUUGAUCUUCAUCGAUUCUACAGCCAGGAUGAUGUCUUAUUGGAUGAUGUGUUGGUCAUGGUUGGCACAAAAUUCAGUAGACUAUGCUUCAUCGUAAUGUUGCACAGCGUUCAAGGCAAUAAACGAGAACAAGCAUGGGAUGUGGAAAAUUUUAGAAAGUAAAGACAAGUGAAUUCUUGACGACGUUGGCUUGGCACCUUAGUUUGAGUACAUAAUGAAAGAACAACCUUUUAGCAACCCUGGAGCAUCUAGAAAAUAUCAGUCAUGUAACUAUCGUUAAUCAUUUGAAAACCACUGGAAGACAGGAGAUGUAGCACCACAAGCCAUUCCUUUGAUCAUUUGAAAACCAUUGCGGCUCUUUCUGAUUAUAUCAACCAGUUGAGUGGAUGAAAGACCAAAAAAUGCUUUGGAAGAAGGGCUCACAAUUGUGGAUAAUAAGGCAUCCAGUAUUAUAGAGGAAACAAAGGAAAUUCAAAUUAGACGGAAACCUGCUAGUCCAAGUUCUUAUAUGCCAAAUUCAUCAGUAGAUACACAUACACUCUACACCCUAAUCUUCUUUGUUAUGACAUUUAUUGUUUUUUUCAUGAACUACGUACAUCUUAAUUUUCAAUUCAUCUAGAAUACUGAAUAGGUGAUGAUUCAUCACCAAAUUGAUAAGUGAAUAUUAAUACAUCUGAAACCUAAAAUUAAAUAUAUAUUAUAUAAGUUGUUGUUAAUGUUCAUUCCAUUUUUGAACACUUGCAUGAAUUUUAGUUCUCUGUUUCUUUUGAAAAAUUCUGUGUUGCAAAAAUAUAAAUUUAUAUGAAAAUAUAUUAUAUGGUGAUGAGAAGUUUGAGUUUAGUAUAUGGUUUCAUAUUAGCUAUACAUUGUUGGUACUAUCGGCUUGUUCUCUUUUUGUUUGAAAAAAAUACUAUCGGCUUGUUCUUAAGGACACAUAAAGGACUAGUUCGGAAGCAAGAGAAUUAGAGGAGAGAUGGCUAAAAUCCCCUUCCUAAUUAAAUAGGAAGGGAAUUUGAGCACCCUCAAUCCCCUCUAAUUCCCUUGCUUUCAAACUAGCCCAAAGAGUGUCACUGCAUCCUCUGAAUUAUGAUAUAUUGAACAUGGUGUUAUAAUUGUGAACCGAUGAGUAUAACUUAUUUUCUCCAUAUUCUGAACAACCCAUUACUUAAACAGAUUUGCAUCCUACUGGAGACAUUGCUGGCAGAGGAAUUGAGACUGGCAUAGGAGAACUCAAUAUAUGCUUGUGAAUAACGCAUCCAGUGAAAGAUAGUAGAUUUUCAUCAAUUCACUACCCAGGAUGUUGUCGCAUUGGAUGAGAAUGACAUGGAAGACGGCGAACUAGAGGAAGACAACAACCUCAUCUAAGCUGAAAAUGUGUUGCCUGUGGUUGAAGAAAAUCUAGCAGAUGAACAACACUGCCUUCCCUGUCCUCUCUAGACCUGAAUCUCUCUGAUGGUUUGGAUUCGUCCAUGAUUGAUCCUGUACGAUGAAGGAUCAGCUCGUCCAACGUUUUUCAAGGAACGAACUCAAUCUGAGGAAUUACCUUUUCAUUGGUCACCUGGGGUACUACGAGGAAUGACUUCACGAUAGACGACUCGGUUUUGCGACGCAAACCAAACGCCAUGGUUAGGCUCAGAUGUUGGAUCAGAUGAUUCCUCGUGGCUUCGUGACGCAAACCAAACGACAUGGCUAGGCUCAGAUGUUGGAUCGUAUGAUUUCUCGUGGCUUCGUGACGCAAACCAAACAGCCUGUAAGUCCGCACACCUUAUCUAUCAUGGUCAUUGUUGAGCUGAUCAGUAAUUGGAGUCGUGUGAUAAGCUUAAUGGACCUCCUAUUUGUCGUGAUCUUCACAGAUCAACAAGUGAGCGGCCUUUGCAUGCUGCAUGAGAUCAAGCAAGCCGCCGACUGGCAAUGCUCCACCUGCCAUUCAGUUCGUUGGUGAGGUAUUAAUCACCAGCCAUGUUGGCACUUGGCGGCAUGCAGAUGGAGCAGAACAUCCAGGUGAAGCGGACAGAUACAUGAUCGAUCAUGAGUUGGCGCAGACACAGGCCAGACAACCAGAGGCUAUAUUCCAAUUCAUACAUUCCAUGAUAAGCAAAGGAAGAUCCAAGACAACACAAAUAUACAAAUAGUUAGUUAUACAAGCAAAAAUCCUGUUGUUUUGUGCCUCCCAUUUUCUAGUCCAGAAUUAAUAUGACAAUUUUUCACUGAAACUGGUUGGAUCAGAGACCAGGAAAAAAAGGGAAAUGACAACUACAGCUGUGUUUUUUUUUUCAAAGAAGGCAGCUGCCCGUCGAUGAUGUGCUCACUUGAGGAUUUCCUCUGCCUUUUCAGUGACACUGCUUCAUCCUUUUCAGAGUCAAAUGAAUCUCUACCUCAUUUCACUGCACAUACUUCCAAACUGAUUUGCUGUAACAUACUUGAGUUUCGGUAUGACAUUAAUUUUUAACUCAUAA